GUUAGGAUAUCCGCACAUUACCGUACCGCUCUUUCGAUCGACCUGACCUAUCAAUUUGAGCCUGAUUAGAUCUUACUGGCCCAUCACGACAUCUAUUUAUCACUCGAACCCAUCCGGAUCAUGUGCUACCGGCACAACCUCCAUCCAUCAUUUUUAAUAAAGAAAAUCUAUCGAGAAAAACGAUUUCCAAAUCGGACUCGUGUUCAUUUUAACUAUAAUUUGCUAAAUUGCACCCAAAUUGUGACUAAGUUUCCGUUAAUUUUGUAUGUAAAUUAAAGUUGAAGUUCGUCUUCAUCAUGAGUUGCUAAAUUUCAUUAAUUUUAUUUCAAAUUCAGUGACUGGUGCUAUGUAUCCCGUUAUUUAAAAGUGAUCAAUAUUUUAAUUCUCCGUUUGUUAGUGAGUGACGCAUUCGCGAACCUCACUAAAAUUACCUCAAAAAGGAAAGUGAACAUCAACCACUGAGGAUUCCGUCAAGGACGCCAAUUUACGGAAGUUGGUCAAGAUCCUAAGUCUAAGUAACCGACGAAGGAAGCACUCAACCAACUGUUUUUACAUCGAUGACACCUUGAAGCAGCAGCAGGAUACGCCUUGAUCGAGAAAUUUAUGAGAAAGAAGGCACCACUGGCAAUUUAAACGAAAGCGAACGGUUGCAAAUAUCAAUACGAAUAUGUGAUUGGUUAGGAAAAUCCAAACUCAAAGGACGGGGUGCCCAGAAUUAUCAAUUAUACGAUGUACAGUCCAAGUGAAGAGCGACGUCUUAAAAGAAUAAAGUCGAGGCCUCCAGAUUUGUGUCCACGAUAACAACCAGAAGGAAAAGAUUCUUCAAAAUAAAAUUAUUCUACACGCAUUUAAAAUUAUUUAUGGGAAUGAAAAGAAGUUUCAACGAGGGUGAUAGAAAUGGUUUUCAGUGCUAUAGUUGUCACAACAGCUUUAAAGGGAGCUCUCGGUCUUGUGGGUUCGAGUCUAUGGUUCGUACCUCUAUUAAUCGCAGGACUUUCUUACUACCACUAUGACCAACUGGAUCCCGAAAGCAGGCCAAUUAAUAGAUAUCCUCUGGAUCCAGAAUAUGAUUUUAUAGUAGUUGGUGGAGGAUCAGCUGGUGCAGUGGUAGCCAGCCGAUUAUCAGAAAUCCCCAACUGGAACGUUCUUUUAUUAGAGGCUGGACCCGACGAAAACGAAAUCACGGACGUUCCUUCAUUAGCUGCUUACUUGCAAUUAACGAAAUUGGAUUGGAAGUACAAAACGGAACCAACUGGAAGGGCAUGUUUGGCUAUGAAUAAUGGAAGGUGCAACUGGCCCAGAGGAAAAGUUCUAGGAGGUUCUAGCGUACUAAAUUACAUGCUCUAUGUUCGAGGAAAUAAACACGAUUAUGAUCUUUGGGAAUCUCUAGGGAAUCCAGGUUGGGGAUAUGAUGAAGCUCUCUAUUAUUUUAAGAAAUCUGAAGAUAAUCGGAAUCCUUACUUGAAGAAUAAUCCAUACCAUGGAUCUGGGGGAUUUUUAACUGUUCAGGAAUCACCAUGGAAGACGCCCUUAUCAGUAGCUUUUGUACAAGCGGGAAUGGAAAUUGGAUAUGAAAAUAGAGAUAUCAAUGGUGAAAUUCAGACCGGAUUUAUGAUUGCUCAAGGUACAAUUCGACGCGGUACAAGAUGUUCCACAGCGAAAGCCUUUAUCCGCCCAGUGAGACUUCGAAGAAACUUGCACACGGCUAUGAACGCUCACGUGACAAAGAUCGUUAUUGAUCCGCUAACAAUGAGAACUACGGGUGUAGAGUUCUAUCGUGACGGAAGAAAGCAGUUCAUCAAAGCAAGGAAGGAAGUGAUCCUUUCUGCGGGUGCCGUUAACAGUCCCCAACUUUUGAUGCUGUCCGGAAUCGGACCAAGGGAGCAUCUUCAUCAAGUUGGCAUUUCUGUUUUACAGGACCUAAGGGUAGGGGACAAUCUGCAGGAUCACGUAGGAAUGGGAGGACUAACUUUCCUUAUAGAUAAACCAGUGUCUAUAGUUCAAAACCGUUUCCAACCAACGCCAAUGACGAUGCACUACGUGGUCAACGGCAGAGGGCCAAUGUCAACUCUGGGUGGAGUUGAAGCCUAUGCUUUCGUCAAUACCAAAUAUGCAAAUAAAAGUGGUUUAUUUCCGGACAUACAAUUCCACAUGGCUCCAGCCUCUAUAAGUUCAGAUGCUGGAGUCCAAGUUAGAAAAGUUCUUGGCAUAACAGAUGAGGUCUACAACACUGUUUUUAGACCUAUCUCCAAUAGAGAUGCUUGGACGAUUAUGCCCCUUUUAUUAAGGCCUAGAUCACGUGGAACUAUUAGAUUGAGAAGUUCUAAUCCUUUCCAAAAUCCUGUGAUUAAUGCAAAUUAUUUUGACGAUCCCUUCGAUAUUGCUACACUAGUCGAAGGUGCAAAAAUCGCCAUGAGAGUCAGCGAAGCGGAAGUUUUCAAGCAAUUCGGUUCCAGAGUACAUCGUAUCAAACUUCCUGGAUGUAGGCAUCUGAAAUUCGGCUCAGAUGCAUAUUGGGAGUGCCACAUUAGGCACAUAUCUAUGACCAUUUAUCAUCCAGUUGGUACAGCUAAAAUGGGACCCCCUAGUGAUCCAGAAGCGGUCGUGGAUUCAAGAUUAAGAAUUUACGGUGUGAGUGGUUUGCGAGUCAUAGACGCGUCGAUCAUGCCAACGAUAUGCAGCGGAAAUACGAACGCACCUGUUAUCAUGAUUGGCGAGAAAGGCGCUGAUCUUAUCAAAAGUGACUGGUUAGCUAGCGGUUACAGGUAGAUAACCUAAUCUAUAGGUAGUCGAUUUUUUAAUUAAGUUAAAGAGGAAUCGAUAACAGAAGACUUUCUCUUCUUAGAUGAGCGAUAGUUAAAGUUUAGUUAAGUGUUAUCAGUUCGACGUACUCGGGUAAAAAUUAAUGUAGGUUCGAAACUGUGAAAUUCUAUUAUCUAGCCAUGAUAAUAAACAUGACAAAUUAGUGUACGUUUUUGAUAUGAAAAAACACUUACCAAAAUUUUAGUACUAAGUAUAAAAUAAUAAACAAGACAAUAAUUGACAUUUAGGUCAUUAUAUAUCAAUUUUAUGUUGAUGAAUGUUUACGAAGAAAAAUAAAUGUUAAAUCCUAGAUAUUAAAGGAUCAGAUAUACGCUAAUUUGAAUUAGCGGUAUACUUAUCGCUAAUUCAGGUUUAGAGAGUAAUGGCUAUUCUAAAGCAUAAAAAUCUAUAUCUGUUGCUGGUAAAUAUUCAUUUUUCUCCGUGUGGAUGUAGAUUAUAAAUGAUUGAUUAUCAACGACAUGAUGAUGGGUACAGAUCUCAUUCCAUAGAACGAAAUGUCCCACAAAAGUUGAAUUAAUAAUAAUAAUAAUAAUAAUAUAAUUGACUCCACUUUUUUAAUUAGGAAUUAUAUAUUUAUUUUCCACAGUCUAGGUGUAACUUGUAUAUAUGGUAAUAAUUUAAACUUUUCAUUUACUAUCUACUGCUUUUUGCUUAUUCAAAGAGGAAGCUUUGUAGUGGUGACGAUUUUAAAUUUAUCAAAAUAGUUAUAUUUAAAUACAUUUCAGCUAAGAUGCAUCUAAUAUGAUGUAUUAUACAAAAUUGACUGGAUGUAUGCGUUUUUUAAGUGUGUAUGUGCAUUCUGCAUAGAUUAAGUCAUGAAAUGUCCUCUUUAUUCUUUUCUUGAAUAUCUCAAAAUAGACAAUUAUUACAUUUUAACAUUCAUGUCGAGAACAAAUAAAGGGUGGCAGUGUAGAACUAGAUAGCCAACCUUUUGAUCGAAAAUAAGUUACACUUCGCCACUAGAGUAAAUAUUGGUUUCAUUUUUAAGUGGUGAUUUUGACUUCACAAAAUGUUCUGAACUGCCACCCUUCAAACAUUCAUCCUUUAAAUGCGAAUGGAUUGAUCUACAAAACUUACGAUGUUUAAAAAAUAAAUAAAUAGACAUUUCUAAUAUUGUUCAAAUAACUUCUAAAACUUGUAUAAUUGGAUGAUAGUGUAAUUAAAAAGAAAUAUUCCUGUAACAAAAAACGAAUUAUGCGACCUACGCAAGGAAUACAUUCUAGUAGAAAACAAAGUAUAUUAAUUUUUAAUUUUUAAUUUUGAAAGAAUGCUCAUAAAAUGAGCACCUGAAGUCGAUACGACAAAUAAAACUUUAGAGCAAGUUAACUAAAUAAUGCUUUAUAUGAUAUAAUAUUACAAGAAACCUAGAAUUAAAUAUUGUAUAUAAAGCAAUUUGACAGAGGAUAGCAACCAAUUAAAACGUCGAUCUAAAAUUUACAUUAAGCAUACAGAAAUUACUUUUAAUUAUUUAAAGAGAACAAAAUCUCAGGUAUAGUAAUAGAUCUGCGUGCCAUAAAGUCGUGAAGAAUCAAAAACAAUUUAUAUACAUAUUCAUAGGUACUAGUUAUGUUAAUU